AUGCUUCAGCCUCAGUUCCGAGCGCCCUUUCGGGUACUCGAAAGAGUUUUUGUCCCAUUCCUUCAGGUCCCUAAACAGCCGUCACAAUUCCUCCAGCAACGAACAUCCAUCACCGCACCCCAUAACAUCACUCCUCUACACCCGUCCCGCCUCGGCGCUCAAUUCCGUUACGCAUCCCACGCUACCCAAGGUGCCGCAAACGCGCACUCCAGAAACUCACCCGGAAGGCGCCUGGGCGCCAAAAAGACCGGCGAGCAAUACGUGAUCCCAGGAAACAUCAUCUUCCGCCAGCGAGGGACGAAAUGGUUUCCCGGAGAAAAUUGCGGCAUUGGGCGCGAUCACACGAUUUAUGCACUACAGACGGGAUAUGUGAAGUACUACCGCGACCCGCAAAAGCAUCCUACAAGGAAAUAUAUUGGCGUCGCGUUUGCUAGGGAGGACGUCCUUCCCUACCCGAGAAACGCACCUACAAAGAGACGGUUGGGCAUGGUUGCGGUCCCGAUGCCGGUCGAAGAUGUAGCUGUUGUGCCUGAAAAGAGCGCCACCCCGCCACUCAGACCCGGUUAUCAGUACCGUGAAGGUAACUGGGAGAUCGGUCGUCUCCCCGACAAGGCUGGGAUCACCGUGAAAGAAUGGAGGAGAAAGGAUCGGUGGACGGCAUGGAGGAAGAAGACGGAGAAGAUCAAGCGCGUUGCUCAGAUGAAGGAUUUGAAGAACCGGAAAAAGACCAAAGUCAAGGCGAAACAAUGAUGAACAAGCGGAUUUGGACGCCAUAUGCUAUUCCAACUUUCUUAGCUUUUAGUGGAGUUCGGGCUUUUUGGUUUUCUUGUACCAUAGAUGGCAGAAGUUGAGCUGGGACAUUUUCUGUGUAUUUUACCGCUUUCUCCUCGGUUAACUGGCUUAUGACAGUUUAUCCCAUGCUUAUCCGUUGGAAGCAUGGCUGCCAUGGU